GAUGCUAAAGUGAGUUGCUUAGCAAUGCGAGUACUGCUGUUUGCUUAUGUCACCUACUUCACCUCUAUCCAUGCAGAUGGGAAGGCACGGGGCUGUCGUAUGAUGCCAACAGAAGGCGAUGGCUGCGAACCAGAUAUUACUAAAUGGUAUUACAACGCAGGAGAAGUUACAUGUCAGAAUUUUAUGUAUGGAGAGUGCGAGUCGCCAGGCAACACGUUUGACUCCAAGCAAAAAUGUCAGGACACCUGUAAGGGCGUUGGAAAAAGACCACAAGCUCCUGAGCAGAAACCGAAGCCACGUCCUCCUGCGCCAAGCCCUCCUGAAUGGUCACCUCCUCCUAAGCGACGUCCUCCCAAAACAAGUCCUCCUUGGAGCCGUCCACCCAAGCGGCAUCCUCCAAGGCCACGUCCUCCUAGGCCAAGUCUUCCUGAGUGGGCUCGUCCUAAGCGACGUCCUCCUAGACCGGAUACGCACCCAAAACACCCUCGUAGGCCAAAGAAACGUGAUUCAACUGAAGAAAGCGGGGAGAGUAAAGAGAGAAAGCCUCCUAGACGUAAACUACCCACAAAAGGCGGUGCUUGUGCAGCAAGACCACGAGGAGGAGGCUGCGAUGAAGAUUCCGAGAAGUGGUUCCAUAACCCAGGUUUUUAUACUUGCAGCAAAGUUGUACCAGGGCGAUGUGCAACGAUAGGAUCAUUUUUCGACAGCUGCGAAGCAUGCCAACAAAAAUGCAUCAAACACAGAAAGAACUUGUGUGAUUACAUUCACUGAAAUGUAGCCGCCAAGCAGGAACAGAAAUGGGCGUCAUCUCGUAUUUCUAAAAUAAGCGUAGGUUGUAGAACGUAUGAAAUUUGUAAUAAAGCUUUCAUGUGAAAAUUUAGUUAUUUAA